GUCUGCGCUGGGACGCAAAGCUGCCUUCUCCACACUCUCCAUCCUGGUGGCCCUGCUGAUUGCUGGCCAGGCUGUCACCAUCUACUUCGUGUACCAGCAGAGUGGGCAGAUCAGCAAGCUGACCAAGACCUCGCAGACCCUGCAGCUGGAGGCUCUGCAGCGCAAGCUGCCUGCCAGUGCCAAGCCAGUGAAGAAGAACAUGGCCAUGGUGCACACCCCCCUGGCCAUAAGGGUCAUGCCUGCUGCCCCUCUUGCAGACCUUCCGGUAAGAGCCUUGACCAAGCCUGCUAGCAACAAAACUGAGGAUCAAGUGAAGCACCUGCUGCUGCAAGCAGACCCUGGAAAGAUGUUCCCAGAGCUGAAGGAAAACCUGAUGGACAACCUGAAGAGGCUGAAGAAUACCAUGAGUCAUGCAGACUGGAAGUCCUUUGAGUCCUGGAUGCACAAGUGGCUGCUGUUUGAGAUGGCUAAGAACCCCAAGUCGGAGGAGCGCAAGGCAAUCCCAGCGGAGAAAGUGCUAACUAAGUGCCAGGCUGAGGCCAGUUUUGGGGGUGUUCCGGGCCAGUUCCGCCCACAGUGCGAUGAGAAUGGUGACUACCUGCCCAAGCAGUGUCAUUUCUCCACUGGCUUCUGCUGGUGCUGCUACAAAAACGGCACCAAGAUCGAGGGCACUGCUACUCGGAAAAAGCUGGACUGCCCUGGUAGGUCACCAGACGAGAUGAUCUUCUCCGGGGUGGACCUGGCUAAGUGA